AAGCCCACCUUUGCCAUCCCCCGCAAGACAUCAUCCAACGUACUCAACCUUUGACCAAAUUGGUUGCUUAGUUGCAGUCGUUCAUUUGACUUUCAAAUAGCAGGUGAAGCGGUUAGUGGUCUAGAGUUUGUGAUAGUCAUUUCUGGUGCGCGUACUGGACAUUUGCAGAGCAUUCGCAAAUAAAAUGGGAAAAGCACAAUCGACAAGCAAGGGGCCGUCGGCCUUAUCAAAAUUGUAUCUGUUCGGAUAUAAUGCCGGUCAAGUGGUCGGGUGGUCGUACAUGCUCUACCAGUUGAUCGCUUAUUACACAACGAACGCAGCGGCGGGAAAAACCCUUUGGGACUACAUCGGAUGGACAGUGAUCAUCUUCCAAAAUGCUGCAUUCUUGGAGAUUUUCCAUGCAGCUGCUGGGCUCGUUAAAAGUAAUCCUUUCAUCACGACAGUCCAAGUUCUCAGCCGUGUAAUGGUUGUUUGCGGGGUCGUAAUGGCUACACCGGAUGGUAAAAUCUCGCCUGGACUCCCACUUGCACUUCUAGCAUGGUCCAUCACAGAAAUUAUUCGCUAUGCAUAUUAUGCAUCUAAUAUUGUUGGCGCUGUGCCAUACAUCCUAAUCUGGCUCCGAUAUACCACAUUCAUUGCCCUGUAUCCCAUUGGAGUCACUGGAGAAUUGUUGUGUUUCUUCUGGGCUCAACGAUACGCGCGACAAAACACCGUUUGGUCGUUAGAAAUGCCAAACAAAUAUAAUAUUACAUUUUCAUACUUUUACUUAUUGUGGACGGUGAUGUUGCUGUAUAUCCCUUUAUUCCCGCAAAUGUAUUUGCACAUGUUCGCGCAGCGGAGAAAGAUUAUAGGGGGAGGAUCGUCAGACAAACCGAAGCAGAAGACGAAGUAAAAAUUGAAGAAGUUGUUAGUUUUUAAGAUGAAUGUUCAAAUUUAUGGGUAUGAUAGUUGUUAUUCUUAAAUAUAAGGGGAUUUUGUAUGAACGAA